AUGCACUCUGUAGCUGUCAAUAUCUCGCCGCUCCACCAUCAUAGGAUGUGUCAUAUGCAGGUACAUUGUGGGGGUCUCUCUUAUACUGUAGUUGUUUUUGGUCUUAUGUAACGAUUAUUUUGGAACUUUAGUUAUUAUUUGAGGGUUAUUACCAUAAUAAGCUAUAGUAAGGUUUUAAAACAUACCUUUUAAGCGGAUAUGAAGCAAGGUACUAUAAUACCCAGUAUCUGUUACUGCUUUACACCAGGUUUUUUAUAAUCAUUAAAACUUUUAGCUGUAUCUAUACCUACAACAAUAUUAUACCGUGCCAUUUCAGGAAGGAUUUGCCGUCCGCCAAGGCCAUCUAGCCCCGCCAAAUUUGACGCCCGAUAGUCCACGCCCGAAGAAUGCCCCAGGCAAGUUAGGAAAGGUGUUGAGUUGACUUCGACAAUUUUAGAAUCCAACUCGGUGGCCAGCCUUCUGAUUCCAGCCGAGCGAACAAAAGACGGCAAAAAGAAGUAA